AUGGGCCCCCGUACCGACUCCUCAUGCUGCUGCCAGGCCCGUAGUCUGUCAUGGGCCCCUGUACCGCCUCCUCAUGCUGCUGCCAGGCCCGUAAUCUGCCAUGGGCCCCCGUACCGACUCCUCAUGCUGCUGCCAGGCCCGUAAUCUGUCAUGGGCCCCUGUACCGCCUCCUCAUGCUGCUGCCAGGUCCAGAGUGUGUCAUGGGUCCCUGUACGGCCUCCCAUUGCUGCUGUCUCCAUCGCCACACUCUGCCAUGUGCCACUUUCAGGUCUCCUCACACUGCUAGUGGGUUCCAUUUUGUCAUAGGGUGCUGGCAGAUUACGGGCCUCCCAUUGCUGCUGCCAGGCCCGUAAUCUGCCAUGGGCCCCCGUACCGACUCCUCAUGCUGCUGCCA